UGUAGAUAUAAAAAGCCGAAAUGUGCGGGGUCUUUACCAUCAUGUUUGACUUUCAUCAACUCCUAAGCCUACUAGCAGAUUCACUCUAUUAGCUUCUUGUUUUAAAAAAGCAACAACCAAAUAUUUGCUUACAUUCUAACGUUUCCCACUGCAGCGUUUAGGUUACAAAACAAAUUAUAACACUUGCGAAGGUAGAUUUAUUGAAUAGUAAUCCAAUUUGAAGAAAAGUAAUACUUCUAUAAAAGUAUGGAUUUCGUGACUAUCACAGACGCUGUGGUGGGCAAUAAAUCGGCUGAUGAUAGCCAGAACUACAUGAAGAACCUACAGUAUGAGAAAACUGUGGUCACUAUUCCAACGUUCGUUUUACUGGCUUUGCUUUUUAUUUUGGGGAUUUUCGGAAAUCCACUGAUCAUUUUCAUAUAUUACAAAGAGAAAAAGAAAACGGCCACUGACAUAUUGAUUUUGUCUAUCUCUGUUGCAGAUUUGAUUGGGACAUUGACACUUUUACCAGCCAAGUUUUAUAUUUACUUAAGAAGUUACUCGAUGAAGCAGACCUUCGCUUGCAAGAUGUACUUUUUUUCCGCCUCUUUUAAUUUUACUAUAUCACUUUGUUUACUUUUGUCAGUGGCUUUUAUCAGAUACAGAAAAAUAUGCUUUACCUUUGAUUGGCAAGUAGAACCACGUCAUGCACAAGUCAUCGGCGUAGUGGCAAUUGUAUACACUUUGAUUACUUCGAUCGGGCACAUGACCGUGCACGGAAGACAAACGACGAAAACUAAUUUUUCGGGUGUUAAUACCUAUCAAUGUCGUGUAGACGACAGCUUUGUCAACACGAGUUGGCCCAAGAUCUUUAUGAUCAUUUUGUUUUCCAUGUUCUUUACUUUCUGUGUGGCCCUUACCUAUAUGUACGUAAAAAUAGGUCUAAAAGCCAGACGUCAAAUGAAAAUGAAAACGAGGCUUCUAAAUUUGGGAGAAAGAAAACCAGCGCCCAAAAAGAAUGUGUUAAUGUUACGUUCUUUGAGAAAUCAAAGUUUAGAUGACCAUAAAAUUUGGCGGGAAAAUAAAUCGUAUAUAACGAGAGCAAAUAAGGAAAGUAGAGAUGAGACUACGUUGAGCAUGGAAGAAAAUACACACAGGUUGCAUGAAUACCCCGAGGUUAAAAGCAACGAAAAGAAACAAGACGUGCUGACUUUGGGUAAUAAGAAGGCUCUAAGAGAAUUCAGGGCAGAAGGGCGGACGACUUUAAUGCUUUUCACCAUUACGGUUAUAUACGUCGUCACGAAUGGCACCACGAUUCUGCUCGUUGUUGCCAGGGCCAUGAACGACCAACUUAUUGUAUCACUGGGCCCAGUCAGUGCCUCCCUUUACAAUUUGUUUUUUGAUUCGUUUCUCAUCAACUGUGCCAUUAAUCCAUUUAUUUACAGUCUGUGGAAUAAAAAAUACAGACAGAAAUGUUGGCAGAUUUUCCGUCGAAAAAAAACAACAGACAUCAAAAAGUAAUAUGAAUAAAUGUUAGAAUUCUUACACAAUUACUAAUGUGCUCAACCAGCAUCUCAACCAAGUUGUUUUAAAAGGUUAUCUCUUUAGACAUUAUCCAUCACGUAAUUACACACUUGAAUAACAAAUUUCUAAUCUGACAGAAUCAUAUUCAGGAAUUUAGUGCAGACGACAUUUUAGUUCUGCUCAAUGUGUUUGUAGACUUUCGGUAAAAACCUAGUUCAGGAGAGAGGACUUUCGGUAAAAACCUAGUUCAGGAGAGAGGUUUUUUCAGUUCACGUGUACUGACUAUCCAAUUGUCUUAUAAUAAAUUGUAUUAUUUUAACGCAUGCUAUUCCUUGCUGUUUUCAAUUAAUAAUAUUAUAAUUUGCUGUGUAAUAAAUUAAAUAACAAAAAAUAACAAGGCAACACACAAACUCUUGGCUUACCUGUGCUGGUCCGUUAUUCUCAAUCAUUACAUUGCACAUGUAUAUAUUUAUAUAUAGACGUAUUUCACAGAUAAAAAAACAACAACUCUCAAUUAAUAUUUUUACUGCAUAUAAAAUUAAAGAGAUGUAGGCCUAUGUGAUUGAUAAGAAUAGAUCACAUCUUGUUUAAUUGCUUUCAGAUAUAGCGCAUCUUUCCUGCUUACAGCAGGCUCAUACCGCUACGGUCCGAUUUCUUUUGUGGACCAAUUGGGGCGGAUGCCCUUAGGCGCUCAGCAAAAACAAAUCUGCUCGAGUCGAGAUUUGAACUUGAGCCCCUAUGUUAGGUAGUCAAGCGGUUUUGGCCUCUCUGCCACUAAUCUCACAUCUCUGCGCAUCUUCAUCAGUAUCUAUAGUUAAGGAACGUAUCAGAAAAAAACUUGGUCUCAAUGGUAAACGUAUUUCGUGAUGAGAUUGGGAUAAAAAAAAAAACGUGUCAUGCUUGCCAUUUCUGCAGGGAAUAAGGAGGAAUUUUUAAUGAGCUCGGCCUCCGAUCUCGCAGUAGAAGUGGGAACACCAAUGGGACUCAGUGUGUGGGUUCCCAACCAGACGGAUGUGAUUAAAUGAUCAUCUAGUCAAUGUGAGAUCACCUGACAGGAGAUAUCGUUGAAGAGCCCAUCUCUCAAUCCCGGGCUUUUGGUAAAAUCCUUCCGUUUAAUCAAAGACAUAAAAAGGCGCAAGCUUGACAAUGGAGAGUGAAGGGGAUUAUGACAAUCGUUUUGCAAUAUGUGAAUCUGAAACCAAUGACUAACAUAUGUGUGUUUAAUGUUUGCAUGCCAGAAAUCAAAUAAAAAAUCAAUGCUAACGA